AUAGCACCGUGCUACAAAUUCUUUCUCUUUCUAACACUGACGUUAAAUAACAGUUUUUUGAUAACGUUGUAAACUGAAAUUCAUGAUGGAAAAUUUUUUAUUAGAUUUAUCCCAAGAUAUUGGACAACUUCUUACUACUGGAGAUGGCCAUGAUUUAAUUAUUCAAGCUGGAGAAGGUCAAAAUAUGAAAGAAUUCUUUGCACAUUCAUUAAUAUUAAGUGCUAGGUCAACAUAUUUUAAAACUGCAUUAUCAAAAGAAUGGGCGAAAAAAGAAAAUGGAAUUAUUAUUUUUAAAAAGCCAAAUAUUUCUCCAGAAAUUAUUGAAUUAAUUUUAAAAUAUUUUUAUACGGGAUUAGUUAAUUUUGAUAAACAAAAUGGAGCACAAAUGUUAAAACUUUUAAUGGCAUCUGAUGAAUUGAAUUUGCAUAAAUUAAGUGAUUUUAUUCAAACUUAUUUGAUUGAUAAUCAAGCAGAAUAUUUAAAAAAUGAUCCUGUUGGAGCUCUUCAAAUUGUAUUUCGGUAUGAGGGAUGUGAAGAUUUACGUAAAUUUUGUUUAGAUGCUAUUUGUAAAAAUCCUAAGACACUUUUUGAAUCUCCAAAAUUCACUUCAUUAGAAAAAGACCUUAUUAUUCUUUUCUUAAAAAAUAAUGAGCUUGAAAUGGAAGAAAUUGAAAUUUGGGAAUUUGUACUUAAAUGGGCUCUUGAAAGAAUGUCAACUCAACAUAAUGUUGAUGACUUAUCUCAAUGGACAUCAAGUAAUUUUGAAGAAUUAGAAAAAAUCCUACACGAUUUAAUUCCACAUAUUAGAUGGUUUCAAAUUCCUGCAAAAGUGUUUUGGAGAAAGGUUAAUCAAUUUGAGCCAAUAUUUCCAAAACAACUUUAUAAAGAUAUUAUGGGAUAUCAUAUUGAUCCCGACACGCCACCAAUUAAUACAAUAUUACCUUUAAGACGUAGUUUAUCUAAUAUUGAUUCUGUUCUUAUCGAAAGAGAUCAUUUAUCAAUAAUUGCAAGCUGGAUUGAUAAAAAGGAAAAGUCUUUUUAUAAUACUAAAAGUACUCCUUAUUUAUUCAAACUUCUUUAUCGUGCAAGUAGAGAUGGAUUUGAAGCUGCAAAAUUUCAUGAAUUAUGUGAUAACAAAGGUUCGACUAUUAUGAUAUCAAAAUUAAAAGAAAAUGGCCUGUUAAUUGGAGGUUAUAAUCCAUUAAGUUGGCAUCCUUAUAAUUCUCAUGUUAAUAAUGAUGGAAGUUGGCAAUCUACAUCAGAUAGUUUCUUAUUUUCUUUUACAAGAAAGGAAGAAAUUAAUUCGGCAUUUUUAACAAGAGUUAAAAAUUCUGGAGUUUACGCAGUAUGUUAUGAUUCAAAUUAUGGGCCAGCUUUUGGAGACGGAUGGGAUUUAAUUAUAGAGCGUAAAAAAUUUAUUAGAACAUAUGGUUGCGGUACAUAUUCAGAUGUAUUUAAAAUUAUAAAUUGUGGUAAAGAUUAUAUUUUAGAAGAUUAUGAGGUACAUCAGGUAGUAAAAAAUGAUGAUAAAUAAAUUAAAUUGAUUCGCUGUUACAUAUCACAUGAUAUGUGAUCUUCAUUUAUUUAUUAUAAAGUUAGUACGACAAUUCUUUCUCUAAUUUUUGAAAAUAAAAAUGGCGGAAAACUUGUUAUUAGAUUUAUCACAAGAUAUUGGUCAACUUCUUACUUCUGGAGAUAAUUAUGAUUUAAUUAUUCAAGCUGGAGAAGGUCAAAAUAUGAAAGAAUUUUUUGCACAUUCAUUAAUACUAAGAGCUAGGUCAACAUAUUUCAAAAC